UUGGGGCUCCACCCUCAGCGGCCCGGGCUAGGGUGGCGGCUGGCCCAGUCGGGCCCCCGCUGCCCUCUGCCCUGGGCGCUGGGUCGGAGUGGGCCCGGCUCGCUGGGGCCCGGCUGGUGCGGCGAAGAUGGCGUCCAGCAGGCGCACCCCGCGCACGGGACUGCUGGAACUGCGCUCCGGGACGGGCUCGGGGGCCGGCGCCGAGCGCUGGCAGCGGGUGCUGCUCAGCCUGGCGGAGGACGCGCUGACCGUGAGCCCCGCCGACGGCGAGCCGGCCGGCCCGCGGGAGCCCGAGCCCGCGCAGCUCAACGGCGCCGCCGAGCCGGGCGCGGCGCCCCCGCAGCUGCCCGAGGCGCUGCUGCUCCAGCGGCGCCGCGUGACCGUGCGCAAGGCCGACGCGGGCGGUCUGGGGAUUAGCAUCAAAGGAGGCCGGGAGAAUAAGAUGCCUAUUCUCAUCUCCAAGAUCUUCAAGGGCCUGGCAGCUGACCAGACAGAGGCCCUCUUUGUGGGCGAUGCCAUCCUGUCUGUGAAUGGAGAAGACCUCUCCACUGCCACCCAUGACGAGGCGGUACAGGUGCUGAAGAAGACAGGCAAAGAAGUGGUGUUGGAGGUCAAGUACAUGAAAGAGGUCUCACCCUAUUUCAAGAACUCUGCUGGCGGAACAUCAGUUGGCUGGGACUCACCUCCUGCCUCACCCCUCCAGAGGCAGCCCUCCUCUCCUGGCCCCCCAUCCCGGGAUCUCAGUGAGGCCAAACAUGUGCCCUUGAAGAUGGCCUAUGUCUCAAGGAGGUGCACUCUUACUGAUCCAGAGCCCAGGUACCUGGAGAUCUGUUCCGCAGAUGGCCAACACACCCUCUUCCUGAGGGCCAAGGAUGAGGCGAGUGCAAAGUCAUGGGCAGCGGCCAUCCAAGCCCAGGUCAACACUCUGAUGCCGUGGGUCAAGGACGAGCUGCAGGCGCUGCUGGCGGCCACCAGCGCAGCGGGGAGCCAGGCCAUCAAGCAGAUCGGCUGGCUGACUGAGCAGCUGCCCAACGGAGGCACAGCCCCCACCCUGGCCCUGCUGACGGAGAAGGAGCUGCUCCUCUACUGCUGUCUCCCCCAGACCCGGGAGGCCCUGAGCCAGCCCUCCCGCAGCGCGCCGCUCAUCACCACCAGGCUGGUCCACUCGGGCCCCUCCAAGGGCUCGGUGCCCUAUGACGCAGAGCUCUCCUUUGCCCUGCGCACGGGCACGCGCCAUGGCGUGGACACCCAUCUGUUCAGCGUGGAGUCUCCGCAGGAGCUGGCUGCCUGGACCCGCCAGCUGGUGGAUGGCUGUCACCGGGCAGCUGAGGGUGUGCAGGAAGUGUCCACAGCCUGCACGUGGAAUGGCCGGCCCUGCAGCCUCUCCGUGCACAUCGACAAGGGCUUCACGCUGUGGGCUGCUGAGCCGGGCGCCACCCGAGCCGUGCUGCUCCGCCAGCCCUUUGAGAAGCUGCAGAUGUCCUCGGACGACGGUGCCAGCCUCCUUUUCCUGGACUUUGGGGGCACUGAAGGAGAGAUUCAACUGGACCUGCAUUCAUGCCCCAAAACCAUGGUUUUCAUCAUACACUCCUUCCUCUCUGCCAAAGUCACCCGCUUGGGACUUUUGGCCUAGGAGUCUCUGGAUGCCCAGCCCUGAAGAGCACCUGGCCUGACCUGGCCCUCCGUGGACUGCCUGCUCACCGCUGGACUGACAGAAGGGAGAAGGGAGGAACAAGGGUGCAGAGACCCAGCCCUGGGGGUGGGUCAUCUUGAAGGGGCAGGGGUGGAGACCCAGGACAGAGUUGAUCCUACCUGUGAUGGGGGAGUCUUCCUGCCCCCUCCCCCCACCCCCCACCAGUGCCUUUUGCAGAGUGAUAUUUUGUGUACACAGAAGCCAUUCCGAGCCUGGAAACUGCUCUUGUAGAGAUCCUGAGACCAGCCAACAACUGCUGGGUCUCCUUGAGGCCCCCCAGCCAUUCCCAGGGCCCCCACCUGAAGCUGGAGCUCCCUGGGGUGCAAAGCAAGAGAAAGAGGAGCCUUUCAGCUCUUUUCUCCCCUCAGCUCCACAACUAUUGGGGCAUCUGGUUUUCCUCUUGGAUGAAUAAACAGUCUGUGAGCAUGCAGGCAGCUGGUCCAGUGUCUGUGCUUCGUACCUCGGUCUUGGGAUCCUACCGUGUCUCAAUCAUCCCGAGAUGGACCAGACUCAGGACCGGGUCUUCUUGCCCUGUAGAAGAGCAGGCUUUUGACCACAUGUUCCCCCCACCCCCCAAAAGAAUAUAAAUUAUUCAUUAUUGUGUGGCAAUUAACCCCAACAUUUAACAGCUGAAUUGAGACUCUGUUAUCUCUCUAGUUCUGUGGAUCAGGUACUUGAGGGGACCCUAUGCGUGUUGUUCUUUCCUCUUUCUUUUAUUUUUUAAUGACGUUAUAGCCAAGAUGUUGGCAGGGUGUGCAUCCUCUGAGGGCGUGAGUGGGGCUGGGUCUCGUGUGCAUUAUUGCUCACUCACCUGGCUGUGGGCAGGAAGCCGCAGCUGCUCACCACCUGGUCCUGAACAGAGUUUACUCAUGACAAGGAGCUGACCCCAACCCCUAUCGAGCCAAGAGGGUCCCACAGGCCUUUGAUGACCUUGUCUUGGAUGUCACAGGCUGCUGCUUUAUUCUCUUCAUUAGAAGUGAGGCACUGCAUUGAGCACAAACUUGAGGGGAGUGGGGCUAGGUUGCACCCCCUGAAGAAAUGUCAGAGAAUUGGUGGACCACCAUAGGGCCACUAUGGGCCCCAUUCCUGCACUGGGAGUGUGCUUCGUGGAAGAUUUCUUUGGAAGCUGUAAUGUGACGGUUGGAUGUGGGUUUGCCUUGUUUAGAACUGCUUUGCUUCCACAACCAGAACGAUCAGUGACUCCAGUACUAGUAGCUGACAUUCAGAGAGAGUUUAUCAUCUGCUGGCACUGUGCACCCAUUUCCUCAUGGAUCCUCACCACUUCCAAACCUGUGUGCUGGGCACACUCGUCUGUGUUUCACAGGGAAGGGGACUGGGACUCUGUGGGGGAAAAUGACUGCCCCAAGUAAAAAGAUCUCUGAAAUGUCUAAGCUUGGAUUCAAACCAGGUCUUUCUACUUUCUGGCCUUGCACUGUCUGUUAGAAAUAGAAUGAGAGAUGCACACAUGAUUAAAAUUUCCUAGAAUUCACAUGAAACAGUAGAAAUAAUUUUAAUAAUAUAUAUUUAUUUAAUCCACUAUAUCCCAAAUAAUAUUACAUGUAUUAUGUAACAGUAUCACUGUAUCACGAUCACUGUCAUCCUGUUGUUUGUCAAUUUAGUCGAGCGGGCACCAGUAACGUCUCUAUUCCCGUCAGCCCUGAGAUUUUAGCAGCCUCUCCUUACUUGUCUUUCCCAACAAUUGGAAGCUCUUUCAGGGUCAGGGGAAUGAGAUCUAUUGUUACUGUUUUUGUAACAGUAUUAUUAUGUAACAGUAGAAAUACUUAUUCAUGAAACGUUCUACAUUAUUUUUAUGCCAUGUUUCUGAAUUCUGGGAUGUAUUUUUAUAUCUUCAGCACAUCUUGAGCCGGGGAGUGGCUCAGCAGCAAAGUGCAUGCCUUGCAUGCAGUGAGACCUGGGUUUAAUCCCCAGCACGGGAAAAACAAAAAGUAAGCACAUCUAUAGUAUAUGUCUAUUCAGGUGCCAAAUUUUCACUGGAAAUUCACUUGUAUUUAGAUUUCAUAAAAUUUGCAGUUACAAAAAAUGGAUUCAUUUAGUGAAAUUAAUGUACAAUUUACAGACAUUAGUUUAUAAUUAUGCAUACCUAAGACUUAAGUAAUGUUAUCAUACAAUGUUACUUUAAUAAAAAUUAUUCAAAAUGUG